AUGGCAAUCAAAACUUUAAAAACGAACUUACAAUCCUAUGGACAAACACUAAAAAUGUGUAAGUUACUUCUCAAAGCUGAUAGUUAUUUUAAUGGUAAAGAUGUCAAUACCCAGAAAAUUAACAAAGAAAUAUCCAUCAAAAGUUAUUGCUAUAAUGAUGAUUGUAAAACAAAUGGAGAACGUAUUAAUGCUUUGACCGUAUAUAUAUAUAUGGAAUUCAAAAAAUCAAUAAGAAAAACUGAUUAUAAUACGUAUGAUGAAUGCUUAUUGAUGUGGCUAAGUGAAAAAUUAUUUAGGAUACACGACAAAAGCAAAAACAAAAAGGAUAAAACACGUUAUAUUGAUACUAUUACUUUAAAAGAUGCUUAUGAGAAAUAUUUAAAGAAUCAUAAAGUAAAACAGGAUUAUUGGGAACUUUUUGAUAGUAUAAAGGGUUUGAAAGAAGCUUAUCUUAGGUAUAUGUCCGAAUUUUAUUUAUUACUUAAUAGAAUAUGUAAAACAGUUGUAGAUUAUAAAGAUAACGGUGCUGAAAGUAAUAAUCUUUCUAAAUAUUCUGAAAAUUGCCUUACUCAAUAUAGAAGCCUUUAUUUAAGCAUUUCUGAAUGCAAACCAUAUCUUCAUUUAUUGAAUAAAUUAAAAGGUAUAUAUGAUGAUUUUAGAGUUUCUGCUAUUAAGAAAACUGAUCCAAACAAUAAUUUAGAAACUAAUCUUAAAAAACUUACAAAACCAGAUGGAGAAGAGAUGAACGCGGUGAGAAAUUUUAUAUCAUAUAAAAUCCCUAAAAAAAAAUGUUAUUCCCAAAAAAAAAAACCUACAACCCCAAAAGAUUCAAAACCUAAUCCAGGACCAACACCACAAUCAUCAGAGUCACAACAAACACAAACACCAACACCAUUACCAGGGACAGGCCCACCGCAGGCGCAAAAACGAGAUUCAUCUUCACUACACGAAUCUAAAAAAUCAGAAAAAAAUAAUCAAAGUGAACUAAAGGAUCCAGACAAAGUACCAGAAAAUCCAAAUGGUGGGACAGGAGAUACAGGCGAUGGGGCAUUAAAUACAGGUGGUGGGAAAAAUGAUAAAGAAGGAUCAGGAGGUUCAGAUAAUGGGCAAGGUGCCAAAGAUAGUGAACCAGGGGGUUCAGGUAGUGGAUCAGGUGGUGAUCAAGGAGGUACUGGGGGUGGUCAAAAAAGUCCAUAUGGAACAGGAGAUCCAGGUAGUGUAUCAGAUGGUGGGCAAGAUAGUGACACAGGUAAUCAAGGAGCUUCAAACCAUCAAGAAGGAGAUACAGGUGGCGAUAAAGGAAAUCAAGAUGGAUCAGGCGGCACAGGGGGGGGAGUACCCACACCUAAUGAACCAUCAUCAUCCCUCCCAAAAGAUUUACCUCAAAGUCCGCCAGGAACGCCACACACUCCUAAGGAGCAAACUGACGAACCCCAAUCGCCUCAGGGCCCAUCUGGAAAACAAAAUUCUGAUCAAAAUCAUCAAGAAGGAUCUAAAAUAUCAGUGAUAAAUCCAGUGGUUAAAUCAGAAAAUCCAGGAACCGAAUUAAAAGGAAAUGAAAUAACAGGAAUAGAUGAUGGAUAUGCAUUAAAAAAAUACAAAAAAAUUGGAAUUUCAAUUAUAGUUAUUCUAAUACCCAUUACUUUAACUAUUCUGUACAAGUAUUUGUCAUCUGGAUGGAGAAAAGGAUUGACGAGAAAAAAAAAUAUGAAAAAGGUUAUAAAUUCAAUUGGAGGAAAAAAACAAAUACAAAUAAUUAUAAAAUCAUCUAAUCAAAAAAAGAAUACUAAAAAAUCUAUAAAUUCCGUUUAUAAGGAAAAAUCUCCAUCAUUAAAUGUAUACAAGAUUAUACAGGCCGAUCCUAUGCCAUUUAUUAAUUUAUUUUUUUUGUUGAUUUUUUUUGUCUAUAAAAGAAAAUCUGAUUUUUUGGAAUUAUAA